AUGUUGAAGGAAAGAAGGAUUUUGCCGGUUUCAAGCAGCACAAACCGAGUUUCGCCGUACCCGCUACGUUCUUGUCGGAGCAAGAAACAAAAGGAAGCGGAGGAGUCGCCACCUGUGGAGCCAGAGAGUGUGAGUGAAUGGGAGGACGUGAAGUGUGUGAUCUGCAUGGAGCCGCCACACAAUGCGGUCCUCUUGCAAUGCGCUUCCUUCUCCAAAGGAUGUCGCGCUUACAUGUGCGACACGAGCGCUCGUCACUCCAACUGCUUCAAGCAGUUCCGCAGAAACAAGAACGCAAGCCGAUGCAGCGGCAAGACGCUGAACUGCCCUUACUGCAGAGGAGAGGUUAACGGGACGGUGAAGUCGACGUGCGCGAGGAGGUUCAUGAACGCUAAACCGAGGAGCUGCGCUAUGGACAAUUGCAAUUUCUCAGGGACGUAUUCUCAGCUGAAGACUCACUUGAAAGCUGAGCAUCCGGGUUUAGCACCGUUGAAGCUGGACCCUUGGAAGCUAGAGAUAUGGGAGCAGCUUGAGAGAGAGACGGAGUACAUUGAGAUGAACAACGCUCGUCAGAGAUGGGAAACGGAGCAGAGGUUGUUAUCUAGCUCUCUGCAUCAACUGCCUUACCGUCAUCCGAUAAUUGAUCUCAACUUUGAUGCUUUCAUGCAUAGUCUUUUUAUUGGUGCGACCGUUGAGAGCCACUCGAGUGCAACCAGUUUUCAGGCUCACAUGCCCCGUUUGGACUUCCAUGCUCCCUUGUUUCCCAGCUGGGAUCCGUGA